AAUAUACAGCCUUGACGUACUCCUUUCCCAAUUUGGAACCAGUCUGUUGUUCCUUGUCCAGUUCUAACCGUUGCUUCUUGACCUGCAUAAGCUUUACCCCAUAUCUCAUCAUGUGAAGCCACUGGGUGGGGUCGGGAGGAGACCAAACCCUGCCCACAAGGAAGCAGUAAUCUGUCUGAGGAGGUGAGACAGGAUCACUGGAACCAGCUGCGUUGUGAGAACAGAGCUUUUAGCUGAGUGGGCCAGGGCCCCAGAACUCUUUUUUUUUUAAUAUUUGUUUUAAAUUUUUAUUUAUUUAUGUGGCUACUCUGGGUCUUAGUUGUGGCAUGUGGGAUCUAGCUUCCUGACCAGGAAUUGAACUUGGGCCCCCUGCAUUGGGAGCUCGGAGUCUUAGCCACCAGACGACCAGAGAAGUCCCAUGUCAGGACUCUUGAAGACAUUUUUGUCUCCAUGGGCUUGGUUUCAGAGGCUGGGUGCAAGGUGGAGUUAGACAGAUCCCUCUUUGCAUCCUAUCUCUGCUUCUUCUGAGGUGGAAGAUUUCUGGCAAAUACUAGAACUUUCUUUGAGUUUAGUUUUUUCACCUACAAAGUGGGAAAAGAAUAAUACCUACCUCCCAAGUUUAAAAGGAUUCAAUGAAGUGAUGUUAUAUAUUACAGGGUCUGGAGUAUACUCGAUUCCAGUUAGUGGGAGCUGAUGUUAGUAUCAUGGCCAUCAUGGUGGUGGUGUUGGGACGGUGGUGCAGCUCUCCUGGAGCCUGUCUGGAUGUGGGGGCAGCUCCUCCCUUGGGUCAUGAGCAUGGCUUACAUGCGAUUUGGGGAAGGGAGAGUGUGGUGAGCGGACUCCGUGAGCUGUGACACCUGUCUCGGCCCCCCAUCAAAUUCUUCCUUCAGACGUGUACAGAGUGCUGCGUGACCCUGGCCACGUUACUCAGCCACUCUGUGCUUCAGCUUCAGGAAUUAUAAAUUGCUGCUGGCAAUCAUACCUGGUACUUACAAGAUUGAAUAAAAAGGGUUACCUGGAAAAUUCAGACACUGUCUGCCAUGGGGGGCGGUGGGGGUGGAGUUCUUAUCCAGGCAUUUGCUGCUGUUACUAUUGCUGUGAUUAUUCUGCUACAGGAGUGGCCCAUACACUCAACCUGGACCUUGGAGCAGGGGUAGGGUGUGGGGUGGAGGUGGGCUCGAGUGUGGACCCCCGUGUGUGGCCCUCACUGUGCCGGCGCUGGAGGGCAGCCCAGAAGAGACGAUGAACCUUCUCACCCACCAGCUGCAGGCAGGGUGUCGCCAGGUGGAGCAUAAAUGACAGUUUGGCUCAGCGUGUACUGCCUCUUGUCCUUUACCCGGUGUUGUCCCUUAAUCGGGUCACUAAGGGCGACAGUUCCACACCAAGUAGAAUGGACUUUUGCAAAACUGGUGAAAUUCGCUUGUAAGUCUGAAUCGCUUGAAAGCAUGAAACCACUGCAUUCACCAGACCCAACUGCUGGUGAAUUUUUAUAAUUCAUAGUAACAGACCGCCUUUAACUAACCUUUGGACUCUGGGCACUCCAGAGCUCCUGCAGGAACCCAGCAGGAAGUGGAGGCUGUCCCCCAGCACCCUGCAGCAGACAGGGCUGAUUGGUUUGGGUGCACCUGCGGGGAAGCUGCCUUUUCUCCAGAGCCCUUGUGCUGUGGUUUUGGAUAGGAGGCAGGUGGACCUUCUGUGCGAUUUUGCUUCCACCCUUUAGCUUCAGGUGCCUCAAUUAUAAAAUGGGUUUUGUUGCUACCAAAAAUACCUGUGAGGUGCUUAGCUGGUGCUCAUUCAAAAACGUGGCAGGCUGUCUUUCUGCCACUGUCUUUCUGCUGAUGCGGGCUGUGGCCUGAAGGUGGGAACCAGGGCCUUAGCAGCACUUGUAUUUCUGCAGCAUCAAAGACCCUGGAGCCCUCCCCGACUUAAAGUUUUAUCUCUGAGAGAAGAAAUAAUCAUUUAUCCCAUGAGCAAAUGGAAAAACUGAGACCUUGCAAGUUUGGGUGGUGUGUGCCAGGCCCCACAGUGAGUUCCAGGUGUCCAAACCCCUAGCAGUUGUAGGGAGGUUUCUAAACCAUCAAGUGUGUGAAGCAUUUUGACAUUUAGAAAAUCACUGUGCUGAGGCUCCAAGCCACACAAUGUGUAUGUUGACUUCCAAUUUAUAGAUAGGAAAACUGAGGCUCAGAAAAUUAGGACUUACCUAGGAUUGAACCUUGAUUUUUGUGGCAGAGCCGGGGCUCCAACUCAGACCUCCGGCCUCCAAAUCCAGGGUUCACCACCGUGCACUCAGAGUUAUCACAUGGGUCUGUGUGAUCCUCUCUGCAGUGACUUUUCCCCUCCGCGCAGGUAGAUCUGUUAGGGUGACUAGUCAUGAGCCAGCAGGGAGAGGGUUAAAUUCCUUCCUAAGCGAGGGCAGGUUUUGAGCUGGGCACCUCUAGUGACCCCGUCACUGACCCUCACCCCGGGUCAGGGCGCGGGCUGUGGGGGAAGGGAAGGAAAGCAGCUCUAAGGGCUGGGUGGGGACGCUCAUCUCCCUUCUUCUCUGGACAAAGACAGACACGUGCCAGUGGCUCUUCCCAGUCUCCAUAGACAGUCCCUAAGGUUCCCCUGUGGUGCACGGCCAUCAGCAGGGCCUACCCUCUCACUCAGGCCCUGGGGCCCCGGCAGCGCUUAGAGACAUUGGAAGCCAUGUGAUGUGUUCUUGGGUAAGUGGGAGCUGGGCUAGUUUUUUUACCUGUAAAGGCACCAGUAAUAGAGAAUGAAACUAUCAAAUGACCCUUCUGGCUGGAUGGGACUUUGGUCCCCGCCUGUCAUUCACUAAAGAGGAGAAGGAAGAUCUGGGUGGCCCACAGAAGCCAGCGUCUCUGACAUAAGUGGUAACUCUGAACCCUGGGAAGGCUUCUCCAUUCCCUCCUCUCCCCAGGUGGCCCCACCCCAGUCACCCCCUCUGUUAGCUCAGACCUACUUGAAAGCAUGUGUUUGAAUUAUUGUCCCUGUGUCCUCCCUAGAUGGACCUCAAGGAGGUCGAGAGCUGUAGAGUAGACUGCCCAGGGCUGCUCAGCAAGUCGGGGAUGGGGAGAGCUGUUCUGGAAGCCAGGCGUCACCCAGCACUUUCCUUGAGACUGCCACCCCAAGAAGGCCAAUUGAGGAAAGGAUUUCCAGGAAAGCAAGGAGCUGACUUAAAGGAAGUGAGCAAAAUCUCUUCCUCCAUCCCCGCCUUCCUGCCCCCAGACCCUUCCCCUCCCCACUGCUGCUGCUGCUAAGUCACUUCAGUCGUGUCCGACUCUGUGUGAUCCCAUAGACGGCAGCCCACUGGGGAAUUCUUAAUACACCUGUCUCUGAGUGACAGGGAAAAGCCUUUAAUUGUACCCAGAGGCGAGGGAGGCACUGAAGGGAAAGCCUGCUCACUGGUGGGGCAGGUCCCAAUCUGUCUGGCUCUGGCCCUUUUGGACACUUCAAUUAAUGAUGUUAAUGAUGGCUUUGCGCGCAAGGGGCUCUCCAAGGCAGCUGGUCUCCCGGCUGCACAGCCUCGAUACCUGGCCAGACCUGAGUCCCCAGUCCGUGAGUCUGUUUUAUGCCUGUCUGCAAGAUUAAAGGUGCCAUGAAACUGUAAAUUAUUAGCAGUUUCAUGUUCUCCAUCUUUUGUGUGUGUGUGUGUGUGUGUGGUAACAUACAUAUUAAUGAAAUUGACUGUUUUAAUAAUUUUUAAUUGCAUAGUUUGGAAGCGUUAAGUACAUUUGCAUUGUGCAACUGCCCCUGCUGUCUAUCUCCAGAAGUUUGCCUCCCCCAAACUAAAACUCUGUACUUGUUAAAUAAUAACUCCCCCUUAGCCCCUCUCCCCAGCCCCUAAUAACCUCUAUUUUACUUUCUGUCUCUAUAAAUUUACUAUUGUAAGUACCUCAUACAAGCAGAAUCAAGAAAUAUUAGUCGUUUUGUAUUUCACUUAGGCUUAUUACAUUUAACAUUUUCAAGUUUCCUCCACAUUGUAGCAUGUGUCAGAUCUCCUUUUUAAGGAUGAUGAUAUUCUGUUCUUAUCUAUACCACGUUCUAUUGUAUCCAUUCACUCUUCCACAGACACUUGGGUUGUUUCCACCUUUUGGCUGUUGUGAAUAGUGUAAAAGCACGGGUGAGCACCGUCCCUUCGCGGCCCUGCCUCACAUCCUUUGGUUAUACACCCAGAAGGAGAAUUGCUGGAUCGUAGGUUUAUUCUAUGCUUCAGCUCUUAAGAAACCACCGUACUGUUUUCCGUAGCAGCUGUAAAAUUUUACAUUCCCACCAGCAAUUGUCUGCAUCCUUGCCAACACUUUUUUUAAUUUUUUUAAAAAUAGUAGCCAUCAUAAUGGGUGUGACGUGGCAUCUCACUUUGAUUCUCCAUCUUUUGAAGGGGAAGUCAGGCCCCAGGAAGCACUAAGACAUGUCCUCCGCAUUGCAGAGCAGCUAGGCCCGGGCCCACGUUUCUGGGUCUGUGUCACAGGUUCCAUCCUGUACUUCUGCUACGCAAGAGGAGGCAGACGAGGGGAGGGUUUAUAGAUUAGGAGGUUGGGAUUAACGGAUACACUCAACUGUAUAUAAAAUAAAGCCAGUAAGAACCUACUGUGUACCACAGAGAACUCUGCUCAGUAUUUUGUAAUAACCUAUAAGGGAAAAGAAUCUGAAAAAGAAUGUAUAUGUGUAUGUGUAACUGAAUCACGCUGCUGAACACCCGGAGCUAACACAACAUCGCAAACCAACUAGACUUCAGGAAAAAAAGAAAAGUAAAGAAAAAGAGGAAGCAGGUGAGGCCCUUCUCCUACCUUGCUCUUCCUGCCGAUUGUCAGGGCCCUUUCCCUGCCUUCUGUCAUAGGAGCAGAACGGCCCUGGCCCAUCAGAAGUGUCUGGAGGGUGAAUGACCUUCAGGGGGAGAAGGGGCUUUCAGUGAUAUUGAGAUUUAAAGAGUUGGAUUGUUUUAACCCUGGGCACACUCCAGUGUUCUUGCCUGGAGAAUCCCAGGGAGGGCGGAGCCUGGUGGGCUGCCGUCUCUGGGGUCGCACAGAGUCGGACACGACUGACGCGACUUAGCAGCAGCAACAGCAUUGGGUAGAUUACGGUACAGCCACUGCAGAGAUGUGCAACAAUUACAAAUGACUUCAUAACUAAUUUUCUUUCUAUUUUGCUACACUGCAUGGCCUGUGGGAUUUUAGUUCCCCAACCAGGGGUCCAAGGCAGGCCCUCACAGUGAAAGCGCAGAGUCCUAACCACUGGACUACCAUGGAAUUCCCUGAAGAAUUUUAAAUAAUUUCCAGUUUUUAGUAACAUGAAAGCUUCCUCUGGUAUUACGUGUAUAUGGAGGGGAAUAGUGUAAAACUUCUUUAUGAGCUUAAUGAUGAAAAAGAAAACUAGACACAGGAAAAAGAUUUAAUGGAAAUAUGCCAAAGCGUUAUCAGCUGCUGCCACCUCUGGAUUAAUGUGAAGUGGGUGACUUUAAUUUUUUUGUCUUUAUGUUAGUCUAAAUUUUUCAGAUUAUCUAUUGUACAAUGAGUACAUAUUCCUUUUAUAGUCAGAAAAAAGAUUGAUAAUAAGAUGAUGGCCGCUCUUCGUUUGGCACAUGUGUUGAGUGGUCUGUGAAGUAUACAGCUCUGCUCAGGCUGACGGUGGGACGCUAAGGUGUGGAGGUGUGGGGACAGAGGGCAAGGAAGGAAGGUCAGGACCCGGCGAGGUGAUCGCUGGGGGAGGUCAGGGACGGGCGUAUCUCUGCGCCCUCCGAUGCCGCCCUGAACUCCCGACAUUAGGACCCUGGUUUUGAAUCAUUUGAUGUCUGCAUGUGGCAUUUGCCUUUGACUUUUCUCACUUCAGCUGAGCUGGGACCUGCCUGGACCCCUUGACCCCCGUCAUGAGAGCAGCGGUGGCCCUGCAGAGGUUAGGGUCGAGGGGCAGGCGACUCAGCUUCCGGUGGGUGAUUUCCCAUGGCUCUUAGGACCUCAAGCAUGUGGGAGAGAAACCAGCAUAAUCCAGCGCUUUAAAGAAAGUGCUCGACAGCCAGUCUCUGGGCCAGUGUUUUGCUCACCACUCAUUGGCCAUGACCUUUGGCAGCCUCCUUAAGGCUUUGUGUCCUCAGUAGUUAAAACAGAGAUGAUAACAGUAACUAUUUCACAGGGCUCAGGAAAGUAUUAAAAGAGCUAAUUAAUGCCUACUGAUGGCCCCUAGCUUAUUGUGUGCCUGAUUCCUGUUGUCUGGUUGAGAGGAAGAUUCUGAUGCUAGACCUCCUGGACCCAAACCACCUCUGUGCCCCAGUUUCUCCAUCUGUAAAAUGGAGAUCAUAAUACCAACUAUCUCAGAUGGUUAUUGUGAAAAUGAAAUAAAUUACUAUAAAUAAAAGUGACUGAAAUAAUACAUAGUAAAUACUUAGGAAAUGUUAACUAUGAUCAGAGGGACACACACUGGAGUGGAAACCAGUUAUGUGUGGGGGGCACCCGCCAACUCAUCUGAUUGUCCCAGGAGUCCCAUCUCACAGGUUAGUGCCCAUCAUUCAGUUGUUAAAUACUUUGAAUGCCCGCACUAUUAUUACCAACUCAGGCUCCAGAUGUCAAGAUUCCUAUCUCAUCCCACCGCUUUGCCAGAUUUCUCUUUUCUUAGUUGAAAUGGUCCUGCUCAGUUUCCAAAGGGUGCUGGUGCUGGAAGUUGGGGUCCCAGGCAGACUGGGGUACAGGCUGGCUGCUUUGGGGAUUGCUUGAUGAGCAUUUUAAAUGAAAUUGGAGACUUGAAGCUGUUCUCCUCCCCUUGCUCCCCUGCCCUUUUGAGAAGGAGCCAAAGCCAAGAAAAAGCAACGAUUCACAAAUAUAAAGGGGACCAUGAACGUGACAGACAGGAGAAAUCUUCCGCAGCAGUCUUGGCUGCCGGUGGGCCGAUGGGGUAGAUAAUGGGAGAGGAAACAUGGCCUUUGCAGAGAAAUAGAACGGAACACUUUGUUCACUGGAAGAAUGAACGCUGGUUGAGUAAGAGCCGCUCAGUCGGGGUUUCCGAUGAUGAGCUUGUCUUUGGGGAGAUGAUGGCGAUUAGGUUUUCUCAAGGCGCAGGUGGGGUCCCACCCAGAAACCCUGGGGUGGGGGAAGCCACAGACCUGAGCAGGGUGCCCAAAGGUGAGGCCAGUGCAUCCCAGUGCAGCUCAUGGGCCCUGGCCGCUGACUGCAGCGCCGCCAGCCACUCUGUCCCUCCGUUGUCUGCCCAAGCCGAGGAGCGGGGUGUGCAAAUCCCUCUGGAAGCCCCCGAACCUUUUCUCAAAGUAUAUCUUUUUAUGGAGCCUUAGGGAGGUAGAGGGGCUUCCAUGGUGGCGCAAAUGGUAAAGAAUCAGCCUGCAAUGCAGGAGACUCCGGUUCGAUCCCUGGGUCGGGAAGAUCCCCUGGAGAAGGAAAUGGCAACCUGCUUCAGUACUCUUGCCUGGAGAAUCCCAUGGACAGAGGAGCCUGUUGGGUUAUAUUGUCCACGGGGUCGCAAGGAGAAACUGAGCAACUUUCAGUUUUUUAUAGGGAGGUACAUCCCAGGGAGGAGAGGAUGAGGCCACGUGUAUUUUCUGAUUAUUUGCAUGCCAACUUUCUGGGUCAAGACGGUAUCCUGUCAACACUUCCCUGGACAUAUAUUCUGUACCAGAUUCUCGAAGCUUAUGAUUACCUUCUAAUUACAAAGUAGGUAUUGGAAUCUCUGUUUUACGUGUAAAGAAACUAUUCUAAAGACUGAAUCUUCCCCCCAAGUUUCCAAAGUGACUUUGGGUUUUUUUGAUUAAUUCUUCCUUGGCCAUGACUCAAGAAACGACUGGAAUCCUGUAAGCGGCAAAGACAGUGGCGGCUUGAUCUUUGCUGGACCGGAUCCUGUUACCUGGGUUAGAGGGAGCCAGGGCACAGCCAGCAGAUGGGAAGACAUGGAUCUGGGCAUUAGUAAUGGCUGAGUUCAGAUGCCUCCGCUGGGCCUUGGGUGGGUCAGGAGAAGGAGAGACGAGGCCUUGCCCAGUGCCCUCAGCCGGGUGGUGUUCUGGCACAGCUUGCUCUUUUUCCUCCUGUCCCUGUGGUUAACACUUGGGGCUACCCCACAAGGCAGGUCUCUGCCGAGGCCGGUUGGCCCGGGCCGCGCGCGGGCCCUGGAAGGGACCUGCUUGUGCGAAGGAGCAGACGUGCAUGCCCUCAUCCAGGCUGGGGGCCUGGACCUGGCGCUGGGAAGGGAGGUCAGCGCUGCAGCUGCCCCAGCCCUGUGGCCCAGCUGCUGACGGGGCUCGGGAGGGGCUGGAGACAGCCUCAGGUCCCGAAGCAGGAGGGCCCCAGAGGAGGGCCUCCAGGAAACACUGUCUACUUCCUUGGCUUUACCCAGGCUGGUGGGGCAGCCCCUUCCUCCUAGGAAUCUCAGCGGCCCUUCCACGCUGCCUCUUCUGUCUCUGCUGGAUUCUUCAGGAAGAGGAGGCUCUGGGUGGGAACAGCACCGCCCGUUUCUCCCAGCUUUUUAAGUCCUUUGGGGGUCAGCUGAAUCUUGGCAGCUGCCAAAGCUCCGUCUGGAGCAGGAUUUCUGUGCUGGCGAUGCAGGGGGCUGCCUCCUCUUACAGGCUAGGACAGGGGCUCCCGGGAGCUCGGCGCGCCUCAGUCUAGCUAGUCUUGGCUGCUCUGCUAGGUAAUGUAUUACCUUGAUCAGCCUGGAAACAGCCCAGGGACGGGGGGUAUUGGCCAUUGUCUCCACCUGGUCUGGGCUAGACGGGGCCACACCAUGGACCUGUUGACCCCCAGGGCCCACAGAGGCCGAAGAGAGGGAGAGAGCCUCUCAGGAAAGCUUUGUUUCAAGCCUGUGGCCAGCCCAGCCCCCAGCUCUGAGUAAACAGCAGAGAUAGGAUCGGGCGUAGCCAGGAAGGGUGGCAGGGUGCGGCCUGGGAGAAGAAUGGCAGGAUGUGGCACUGGGCACCGUGCUGGGCACCCACGCCUCGAGCCAUUGUUCAGGGCUGCCCGGGGCUCUCAACUCUCAGGGGCCCUGAAAGGAAGUGAUGUUCCUCUGGGACCCGUUCCCCUGGCCCUGCCACUCCCGGCCACAUGCUUCCUCCCUGGCAGUGCCCUCUGCACCACCCACGCAGGGGCGGGGGUCUCAGUAGAGGGUCAGGUGUGUGCCCAGCGGGGAAGUGUCGUCACUGGCCCUCCUAGGAGGGUCCGCCUUCCUGAGGCCCUGGGUCUGAGUCACCCGUCAUGCUCCGAUGACUGGAAUUUAUCUCUAUCUUUAUCUGUAUCUAGAUGUGGGGAGGGGAGGGCUGUUGUUAUGGAGGGAGGGAGGAAGGUCUGAGAGUAAAAAGUCCUUUGAUUCCAAUCUGGCUGGGCUGGUUGUUGUCUGAUUGGGAGAGGAAGUGGCUGGUGAUUUGUUUAGGGGUAGAAAGGGGCUUAGUUUUUGUGUGCCUAGGGUGGGAGGGGGUCAGAGGGGCUGGGAGAGGGUUGACUGUAGGCAGGAGAAAGAGGAGCUUAGCCCCUGGAGUCUGCCUGGUUGCAGACUCCAGAACUGGGCUCUGCGCCCUCGUCCCUCUGUGGGGGGCAGGCUUCCGCUGCCUUGUCCUGGGCGCUGGAUUUGAAGUCAGCUCAGAGACUCAAGACUCUGCUGCAUCCAGGGUGGGGCUGGCCAGAGCCCUCUCCCCCUAGGGGCCUUCACUUCUCAAGAUGCUCAGGAUGUCUAUGAGGAGCCCCGGCUCUGCCCAGCUGGUCCUGGAUGAAGUUGGCACCAUGGUGAACUGUACUGUCAAGGCAGAGGGGAAGAAGGAGCCCUGUUACGAGGACCCCCAAGGCUCAGCCGCUGCGGCUGAAUCGCAGCCUGGAGACCCAGCCCGCAUCCCCCAGAAUGGUGCUGACCCGCAAGCUCCAGCCCAGGGUGACAGGGACAUUCAGUGUGUCUUGCAGGACAGCAGCUCCCUGGAGAACAGUGAGUCCCCAGAACCCAGGAGACCAGGAGGUUCCGAGGCUGCUUCUGGAAGCCAGGAGAAGCUGGACUUCAACAGAAAUUUAAAAGAAGUUGUGCCGGCCAUCGAGAAGUUGCUGUCCAGUGACUGGAAGGAGAAGUUCCUGGGAAGGAGCUCUGUGGAAACCAAAGAUGUCAAAGGGACCAAGGAGAGCCUGGCGGAGAAGGAGCUGCAGCUUCUGGUCAUGAUCCACCAGCUGUCCGCCCUUCGGGACCAGCUCCUGACAGCGCACUCGGAGCAGAAGAACAUGGCCGCGAUGCUCCUGGAGAAGCAACAGCAGCAGAUGGAGCUGGCCCGGCAGCAGCAGGAGCAGAUCGCUAAGCAGCAGCAACAGCUGAUUCAGCAGCAGCACAAAAUCAACCUCCUUCAGCAGCAGAUCCAGCAGGUCAACAUGCCUUACGUCAUGAUUCCAGCCUUCCCCCCAAGCCACCAACCUCUGCCCGUUACCCCCGACUCCCAGCUGGCUCUGCCUAUUCAGCCCAUCCCCUGCAAGCCAGUGGAGUAUCCGCUGCAGCUGCUGCACAGCCCCCCCACCCCAGUGGUGAAGAGGCCCGGGGCCUUGCCAGCCCACCACCCCCUGCAGGAACCCUCCCAACCGCUGAACCUCACGGCCAAGCCCAAGGCUUCGGAGCUGCCUAAUUCCUCCAGUUCCCCCAACCUGAAGCUGAGCAACUGCGGACCGCGUCCCCCAAGCCAUGGGGCCCCCACGCUGGACCUGCAGGCCAACCCCCCUAGCCUGCCUUUGGGCUUCCUCGGUGAAGGGGACGCUGUCACCAAAGCCAUCCAGGAUGCCCGACAGCUGCUGCACGGCCACAGCGGAGCCUUAGACACUUCCCCCAGUGCCCCCUUCCGUAAGGACCUCAUUAGCGUGGACACAUCUCCAGCCAAGGAGCGGCUGGAGGACAGCUGUGUGCACCCACUGGAAGAAGCCAUGCUGGGCUGUGACAUGGACGGCUCCCGCCACUUCCCUGAGUCCCGGAACAGCAGUCACAUCAAGCGGCCCAUGAACGCCUUCAUGGUGUGGGCCAAGGACGAGAGAAGGAAGAUCCUCCAAGCCUUCCCAGACAUGCACAACUCCAGCAUCAGCAAGAUUCUCGGCUCCCGCUGGAAGUCCAUGAGCAACCAGGAGAAACAGCCUUACUACGAGGAGCAGGCCAGACUGAGCAGGCAGCACCUGGAGAAGUACCCCGACUACAAGUACAAGCCGCGGCCCAAGCGCACCUGCAUCGUGGAGGGCAAGCGGCUGCGGGUGGGCGAGUACAAGGCUCUGAUGAGGACGCGGCGCCAGGAUGCCCGCCAGAGCUACGCGACCCCCCAGCAGACCAGCCAGGUGCAGAUGAGCCCCUCAGAAGUCCUGUACCCGCGAGUGGCAGGCGUGCCCCUGGCACAGCCCCUGGUGGAGCACUGUGUGCCCCGCAGCCUGGACCCGAACAUGCCGGUCAUCGUCAACACCUGCAGCCUCAGGGAGGAGGGCGAGGGCACAGAGGACAGGCACUCAGCGGCUGACGGCGAGAUGUACCGGUACAGCGAGGACGAGGACUCGGAGGGCGAGGAGAAGAGCGACGGAGAGCUGGUGGUGCUCACGGACUGAUCCCGGCGGCCCGGGCCUGGCCCUCCUCCCUGCGGAGACCUGGGCACAGCCACCCCACCCACUGGUACUUGGACUCGGGCCUGCCGGAAGAUGGGCACAGCUGUGCAAGUGCAGAUGCUUGCGCGAUGGGUGAUGACCCCUCCGCACACCCCCUGUGGGCACACUGAGGUGCUGGUGGCCUCGGUGGUGAUGGGCUGGGCUCGCCGAGCUCUGCUGGGGUGCUUGGGGCUCAUGGCCAGGGGGCACUGUGUGACCUCCCCUCCUGCAGGUCUGCCCGUCCUAGGGGUAUGGCAGCUACAGACCUGUUCCUCUAGGGCCAGUCUUUCAUUUCCAUUCUUGUUCUGGCUGGAGCAGCCACCGUGGGACCAAUCUACACCCCAGCAUCACCACCACAGUACCCCAGAUGGCUCCUGGGACCACCAGGAUCACUUUGUGCACAAAGGUCUGGCUGUCCUUGCUGUCUUUACCUUCUGCCAAGCCUUUCGUGUCUCUGGCUGCUGCGUGUGCACGUGUGUGUGCGCAUGUGUGCGUGUGCGCGUGUGUUUUCGUCUGUUCUUGCAUCGCAUGAGGUAUUUAUUGAGUGCCAGGGGCCGCCGCUGAGCUCCCGCGGGCGUGUCUCCUGGUGCUGCUCUUGCUUCUCUGGGGGGCUCUGUGCUUCUCUUUGUCCCCAAAUUGCUACCUCUCCACGUCAGUCUGGGCGUCUCAGGCUCUGUGCGUCCUUAGUGCAUUUCUGUCCUUGCCUCUUUGCAGGGCCUGUUUGGGUCUCGCCCUUCCCCAGUGCCCACCCUUGCCCCUCUGGCACCCACUGGGUCUCUGCAGUCCCCAGUCUGCCCCGGGUCCCCGGGCACCCCCCUGCUCCUGCCCACUCCGUCACUGCCUCCCUGACUCCCCUGGAGCCACUUCCAGCUCCCGUGGCUGGGGAUGUACUAGCCUCCAGAGGGCCCUGUCUUGCUGCCUCAGCCCUGUCCCAACCUGAGUGCCAGGAGUGGGGCAGAGCCCUGGCGGUGCCCCUUCUGUAAGCGGCAGGAACCUGGGAGGGCUCUCGAGGCCGCGGGGCUCCAUGCCCCUCUGAAGCUGGAGGUGGGUGGGCUCCGUGUUCUGGGGGGCUUCGUCCUCUUCCCCUGCCCCCUGCCUGCCGCUCCCCUCCCCUGCCCCACGCCACACCAAGAGCUUGCCCGGGUCCUGGUCCCUUUCACAGAGGCUUUCCCCAAGAAAAUCAAAUCCUGAUGGCACCUGACUCCAAAGAUCUGCAACAGCCCUGGGCAGGGUGGGAAGGGAACCCAUACCCCACAGGGACAGAUGUGGAGUUUCUGUCUGUUCCCCCAUCUUCCCCCUUCUCCUGCCCCACGCCCAGCUUUUCUCCCGCUGUUUCUUUUUUUAUGACUGUAAACAUAGAUAGUGCUUUAUUUUGUUAAUAAUAAGAUAAUGAUUAGUAACUUAACCAGCACAUUUCUCCUGUUUACACUUGGGGGGAUUUUUUGUGUUUUGUUGAUAUAAUAAAGACAGACCGUCUCAGAA